AUGCACAAUCAAUUGUGUCUGGUUCCUCUUGGCGACCAGUCGCUCCGAAGCGUUCUGCACGUGAGCACGAUGCGCACUCUCAUUGUUCAAGAGCACAGCUCAAGGAAACCGCGCAACCCUUUCUACGAACAAGACAUAGUUCACGUUUUGAGGCACCCCAGAUGGAUCCUGAGAUCCAUCGGCAUCUGGCCGACCUUCUUAACCAGUCGCAGAAGGAUACUGCCGAGUUUCCUAAUCGGACUUUGCAACCUGUUACUGCUUUAUGCACUGAUACCGCUGUCUUUGCACAUCACGCUGGAGGAGAAGAACACCACGGUAAGAUUGCACCUUUGCGGACCGUUAAUAUUCAGCGUGGUGUCGCUGAUGAAGUACUGGGCAUUGGCCGCGUGCAAGCCGAGAAUCAAGCACUGCGUUGAGAGAUUGGAAAAUGAUUGGAAACAGGUGAAACACCAUGAGGACCGCGAACUGAUGCUGAAGUACGGCAACAUCGGUCGAAGUCUGACGUUGCAUUGCAUGGGGUUCAUGUACACUGGUGGCUUCAUGUACCAUGCUGUCCUGCAGAUCGCCAGCGGUUCGCACGUUGAUGAAAGGAAUCGCACCAUCAAGCCGAUGAUUUAUCCAACGUACAGCGGGAUCUACAACUCCCAAGAGAGUCCUGUGUACGAAAUGGUGUACGCUUCGCACCUGAUGUGUGGGUAUGUAGCCUACACCGUGACCGCAGGGGCCUGCGGAUUGGCCGCGACGUUCGCCACACACGUCUGCGGCCAGAUCGACGUGAUGAUGCACAGAUUGAACAACCUCGUCGAUCUGAAGAACAAGGGCGAAAUUGAUCGGCGAAUGAUACAGAUCGUCGAGCAUCAUAUUCGAACCUUAAGAUUCUCAGCAACGGUAGAGACGCUUCUGCAAGAAGUAUGCUUCUUGGAAUUCGUUGGUUCCAUUUUUUUGAUGUGUCUCCUCGAAUAUUAUAUUCUGAUGGAUUGGGGUAGCAAUACGUUGAGCUUCGUUACAUAUUUUGCGCUACUGAUAUCACUGAUGUUCAAUAUAUUUAUACUGUGCUACAUUGGUGAUCUUCUGGUAGAAAAGACUGGUAACGUUGGGAUAUCAUGUUUUAUGAUGGAUUGGUACAAAUUCCCCACUGAUACGAUACGGGCAUUAAUCAUGAUCAUCGGUACGUCAAGUAAUCCAGCGAAAAUCUCCGCUGGUCAAAUAAUUGUUUUAAACUUGGCCACUUUUGUAAAUAUUCUCAAAACGUCACUGGGUUAUCUAAGCUUACUCCGGACAGUCGCGUAA